ACAAUUGCUGUGGGAUUGGAUCGAGUGUCUGGCUGCAUGUUCACAUGAAUCUGCACACCAGUAUGGCUUCAAAUGAAACAAAUGCGCUUCAGGAAAUGCUUAAAACUAUUGAUUUUGAGGAGCUCAUCCUGGCGUUCUGCUUGUCGAUACUGAUCGGUCUGCUCAUCGGGAUCCUGAUUUUCCUCCUCCUCACAUGGAUGUCAAGAACCAGAGCUUCAGUCAGGAUCACCAGACAUCAAACCCAGUCUUCGGAAUCGAAAAGCUGCCACCUCAAACACUACAAGAGUCACGGCUUUGACAAAAACACUGAAUAUGCUGGAAGAGCUGCUUUAAACCUGCACAGGCAAACCUCUGUAGACCCCAAUGAGCUGCUAGGGAGAAGCCCCAGCUUUCAAAACUCCACUUUUCGGCCUCCUGUAAAAAAGACUAAGAAGACCAGCGAUGAAAUGGAGGAUGAUAAUCAAGCUGCUUUACUUCCUAACAUCACAGAUCCAUUUAGUAUGGAGCCAGCAGAGUCCUUCUGGCUGGGGAAAGGCAGUCUAAGAGGUUUUCUACCCAGACAGACUCCACCACCUGCUUAUGACAGUGUCAUUCACAUCUUUCAGGAGACCUGUACCUGACUGAAUUGUGAUUGCUAUGGACCUGCAAAAGAUCGUACAUAAAUCCCUAAACAUGGAUUAACCAGAACAAAAGGGAGAAAAUCCAUUAAAAACCUUGAAAGGGAUCUGACUUAUUUGCAUUACUAACUCUUUGCAAUAAGGUGCCAUUUGUUAGAGGUAUAGUUCACCCAAAAAUGAAACAAUGCAUGGACUCAUUAUUUACUCCACAUCAAGUGGUUCUAUACCUUUAUGAGUUUCUUUAUUCUGUUGAACACUAAAUAUAAUAUUUGAGAAAAGCUGAAAACCUGUAAUAAUUGACUUCCAUAAUAGGAAAAGCAAAUACUAUUGAAGUCAACAGUACACAGUUCUUCAUUUGUGUUUAACACAAGGGCGUAGGUUUGCACUUGACAUGGGUGGGGACGCGUG